AUGUUCUCCGCCUCCCGCACUCCUCGCACGGUCACCGCUUCAAGCGACAUCACCAACAACCUUGUCGACACCAAGCCCGACCUUUCGGCCGGCAAAGAAAGAGUCCCUGCCAAGGCUCACCAGCGAGCCCCCUCGAACAAGGCCGAGCCCAGCAAGGCCGCCGCCGCGACGGCCUCUCUUGCCAAACCUAUCGAGCCGGUCAAGCCUGUGAAGCCUGGGAAGGUACGUCAAUCAUACUACGGGCCGGAACUCGGACGCUUUGCGUUGAUUCUUGAUCUACGUCUUGGCUGACGUGCUGCCUGACUCGUUGAUGGGCACAGUCGAAGUCGAGUGGAGUGGUGGCUGUCGCCAAGGACGACAACUCGCUCGACGCGUCCUCCGUCAGCGAUGCCCUCACCACCAACAGCGACAAGGAAGACGAAGAGGACAACUACGAAGGGGAGAACUCUUUCGUGAGUGUCGACGGUAUGACCAGAACGAUGCUCCCAUACCCAAACUGACGACACGACGCGCGGCAAUGCAGUUGAGAUCGGAUGCAAGAAGCGCCGAGAAGGAGAGCGACUACUUGCAGAAACAGUACGAGAUGGUAAAUACGAUGCACUUGUGCAAGCCAAGCGUCACAAAGGGCUGACCGAUGGAUACUCUGCUCAUGCACUUCCACCUUCCUGACGGCUCCUGACCCCACCGCACAGUCGACUUCGAAGAGGCAGAGGACGGCCGAACUGGACGACUAUCUCCUCCUGGUAUCUUGCCGUCUUGCCUGGCCAAAGACGGUCAUAACUGGCCAUGAUAACGACUUGGACUGGCCAAUCGACAUCCCUCGCGAUCAACCAGCCCAACCCGCGUCAGAGGCCCGAACGAAGGACCAAGGUCCCCCGAAUCAGCGUCCAAGAUCUGCACUUUCCAGACCUCAGCGAUGAGGAUUCGAUGGCAAGUUUGGCAGACUAUUUUGUCCAGAGGCUCUUGGGGGUACCAGUUGAAUUUACAUGCGUGCCUCGUACAGAUUGGCGGAGCGGCGGAUGAGGUUGCUCAUACCAACAUGCGAGCGAGUUUGAGCAGCCCCCAACAGGCCAGCUCAACUUUGCAGACAUCUCGUCGACGGCGAGGCUGAACCCUACAUUGAUACUGAUCAACUCUGAUCUGUUCUGCGGGGAAAGGCAACCCGCCCAUGCAAGCCCAACGAUGUCGCCUCCAGCAUACCGGCCGGCAUGGGCAUCUCUGCUUCCCCCCACAUGUUGUGUUGCGCUCAAGUGAGUGAGUUUCUAGGUGUCAUGACGGCCGUCUACGCCGCUUCUAAUUGGGUCGUUUAUUGCCUCUUAGGUCUUGCUCGAAGAUGCAGAGUUGCGAUCUCGACCCGGUCUACUGCGUCUCUGCCUUCUGCAAAUGCGAGGUCAACACGAGCUCCAGACGGUUGUCGAAACACUCGGGGAGGAGAUAAAGGCACUAAGGAGUACGGUGACGAAGCAGGGCGUGGACAGCUUAAAGGUUCGUGCACUCUCGUCACAUUUGGAAGCCUCACGUUUGAGAGGAGAACGGAGGCUGACCGCGUCAUGAAACCCUCGACUCUUUGCCACAGCGCAAGGUGGCCCCUCUGGCCAAGAUCUUUGUCGCGACACCGUUUCUCCUGACCCAGCUGAAAGGAGCGCCGUUAUUUGCGGUGAGGGUUCUUUUCUCCGUCUCCGUCACCCGACCCGCAUAUUAGGGUUCACUAUCGAGACAAGCUCGCUCGCCCGCAGGAAGCGUUGCUGCGUUUUGGAACCGUCCAAAGAGAUUAUUGGAACGCCAAUCCAGACUUCCAUUCCAGCGCGUUGUCGAUUUACGCAAACGUCCUCUCGACUGCUCGCUCGGACCUACACAAAUUAGUGAGUGACUUGCCUUCCCCCGGUCGAUCCGUCGCCUCGCUACUCGGAGCUUUAUUGAUUGCGCAAACCUGGGCGUGGUGCGCCCCAUUCUCGCGAAUAGAUUCGCCGAACGCACCUGGACGGGAUUGACAUCGUCCAGGCUCUGCAGAUCUGGUACAAGGACCAUCCGUUGGCGUACACGGAUGAGCACCUGAUGUGGUGGUCGGUGUUGGUCAGUCACGGCAACUGAGAUUCGCCCAGCUUGCUCGCGCUUAAUUGUGACGCGCCUCCGUUGGUUUGCAGUGUAUUGUCAAGCGCCACGAGGGUGGAGAGAAGGAGCGCGAGUACUGGCAGGUGCACAGCACCGUCGCGAAUGACCUCGCGACCAAGGCGGCCCGACAUCACGGCUCCAAAAGGUACUGCCCCGAUGGGAUGUUUGACUGCGCUACGUACGUACACCAGUCCGCUGAGUCGUACCCUCUCGACAUCAACGAGCAUGGCGCCAACUGAUCAGGCAGACUUACUUGUUUUAAUAAAUUUCUCACCCGCACCGUCCUUAGGCUGUACUACCCGGACAGCCAGCACCCCAAGAUGAUGCAAGCCAAAGUGUCGACUACGGACUCGUCGUUCCAGGCGGUUUGCACCUCGGUCCUUGGGACAUACCAGCCCUCCGCCGACUUCCGGCAUCUCGUCCUCGUGAGUACACACCCGCUCUUCCGACAUCCACAUCGCUUUCGCGUCGCCACUGACAGUCGCGUUCCAUCCCCACUGGACAUUGAUGCGACAGGAUCGGGUGCGAGAGAUGGCGGAGGGGACGUUAAAGGGACAAGACGGAUUGAAGCAUGGCGAGUGA